GACCGCACUGAAUGUCGCGUUCGCGUGUGAUUUUAUCCCGUUUUAUUUCAUAUUUUUCAUAGAAAAGUUGGUGUUGGUGUUUUAUUCAACUUAAUUUCAUUAACCGCGGCGCGAAAUGGCACAGAACGCCGAUCUAAUUAAACAGGCCAUGUUUGAGGAACUGCAGAAGAUCCUCAACCCGAAUGGUGAAAUACGGCGACAGGCGGAAGAGCGUUUAGCUCAGCUAAAGUAUACCGAAGGUUAUGGCAUUUAUCUAGCGGAAAUAACCAUCAACCAGAAUCUGGACCUAGCACUGCGUCAGCUUGCAUCCGUUAUGCUGAAACAAUACGUCGAGGACUGUUGGGCAGCCGAAGACCAGGAAGGCGAGGCAGCGAAUGGAUUGUGUGCGAACAAUGAGGCGAAGAUUGCCAUCAAAACCAUUCUACCACAAGGGUUAUACGAUCCGAAUAGCAAGAUACGGAGCGUAGUGGCAUAUUCCAUUUCCAAUAUUGCUUCAUACGAUUGGCCAACUGAUUGGCAAGAGCUUUUUGAUAUCAUAGUAAAAUGUCUCAGUGGAAACGAAAACUCCGUCCACGGUGCUAUGAAGGUGUUGGUCGAAUUCACUCUGGAUUUGGACAAGCAGAUCGUAGAUGUUGGACCUAUGAUCCUUUCCGAAGUUUACCGUAUAUUUGAAGCGCAAAAUGUGUACAGCGUAUCCACAAGGAGCUAUGCGGUCGAGAUUCUGAACUCUCUGCUGCGGAGUAUCAACACGCACAUCGAGUCCAAGCAGGAGCAAGCCAACAUUCUGAAUCCAACCCUUCCAACGUUCAUGCAAAAGAUGAUUGAAUGUCUCACUGUACCGAAUGGACCGCACAGUAGUUUUCAACUGAAAACACAGAUUGUUAAGGUUCUCAAGUACAUGAUUUCGGACAUGCCCAAGUUUGCCAAUCAGUAUCUCGCUGCAAUUCUGCCUCCGAUUUGGCAACUUCUGACCCAGAUGGCAGAUAUCUACAUCAAGGUGAUCGUAAAUGAAAUAGAGGAGAAUCCUUUUGUUAGUAAUUCCGAAGGUGAUGAAAGUGAAGACUUUACAGCUAUGAUUCUGCAAACCUUCGAAUUUUUGCACACAAUCAUAGAAAUGAAGAAGUACAAAGGAGCCGUUACGAAUGUGCUGACAGAUCUUAUCUACAUUGUUAUUUUAUACAUGCAAAUGACUGAAGAGCAGGUGCAAAGCUGGCAUGAAGAUCCGGAGAAGUUUGUCGAAGACGAAGAUGAGCAAGGAAUCGAUUUUACUAUUCGAACCACCGUCACCGAUGUGCUGCUAAUCAUUGGCCAAGAGUAUGAACAGAAACUGUUGUCUUGUUUCUCGGAAGCUUUAAGCAAGCACAUUGCAGUGGCAGAUGCUGACCGGAAUGCAGGAAAUCCCAACUGGUGGAAAGUUUACGAGGCCUCGAUGCUGGCCGUGGGUUCUUUUAAAGAUUUGAUCGUCGAGCACGAGGGCAAGUUCGACUUGACUCAGUAUAUGAACUUGGUAAAGAACAUCAUGGAAUACCAGGUCUCACCGUACCUCCUUGGUCGUUGCUUGUGGAUUAUCAGCCGUUACUGCGAUUGUAACAUAUACGACCAGCAAACCCUUCAGCAAGUGAUAGACAUUACGAUCAACAGCAUGUCACCGGAAAAGCCAAUUGUGUUGAAAAUCACAGCAGCCAGAUCAAUCUACGGGUUCUGUACAAACCUGCGUGAAUGCAACGAUGAGCGAAAGAGUUUCCUAGUCCCCAAAUUGGAGCCAUUCUUCGAAUGUAUCAUGCCACUAUUCAGUCAAUCACAGAAUACCGUUCAAGGUCUUCUACUGGAAACAUUGACGGCCAUAAUCUCGUAUGAUGCUAACGUAACGGCUGCCAUUUCGAGUAAGGUUGUAUCUCUCACCAUUGCUAUGUUCCUCAAAUACCACGACGAUCGGUUCAUAUUAGAAAUGGUGCAGGACAUUCUUAAGAUUCUGUCACAAAAUCCCUACUGCUUGAUGCCUCUGCAGGAAAAGAUAAUCCCGACGAUCAUCAGCAUUCUCAAUUCCGAAGGAGCCCAAACAUCCACCAUGCAAGAUAUUGCACUGGACAUUUUGGGUACUGUAGUCAAGUAUUCCAGAGGACCACUCAGUAACAUCAUGGUCGAAAGCGCUUUUCCCGCCGCCGUGCAUUGUAUUCUGCGAAGUGAAGAUCACUCCGUCAUGCAAUCCGGAGGCGAGUGCCUGCGCGCGUUCCUCACCGUCGAUCCCGAGCAGAUUUGUGGCUACAAAAAUGGUGAAGGUCUAAACUACAUCAUGCAAGUUACGACCAUGCUAUUGAACCCAAUGAACACCGAAUCGACUGCUGCAUUCAUCGGUCGGUUGGUAAUUACCAUAAUCACCAAAGUGGGAAAUCUGCUGGGAGAGAAUGUCGAUCUACUGUUGAAAGCAGUCAUCAGUAAAAUGCAGCUGGUCGAAGCAUUGAACGUUAUAAUGAGCCUGGUGAUGAUCUUCGCACAUUUGAUUUUAGUGCAAAUGGACCCUGUUCUCACCUUCCUGAGUACUGUUCCCGGACCGACGGGUGAACCAGCAAUGACCUUCGUUUUUGCAAACUGGCUCAGCCGGCAGCACAUGUUCUACGGGUCGUAUGAAAGAAAGGUCAGCACAAUGGCUCUCUGUAAGUUGUUUGAAUAUGGCGUAACGACCAAGGACGAGAGAUUGAACUCUGUAAUGAUCAAAGAACCGGUGGUCAAUCCUAAUCAGGGUAGGAGAACCCGAUUGGCUGCUGCUAAGUCGCAACAGGAAUGGGUCGAUGUUCCGAUUCUGUUGAAAAUUUUCAAGCUUCUUGUGAACGAACUUUCCAAUCUGAAGGAGGCUAAAGAAGCACUAGUGCAGGGCGAUUCAGCAGAUUCUGACAGCGAAACAGAAGAUGGAAAGGCUAUCAAUUUCACAGCAGCGAUGCUCCUUGAGGAUGAUGAAGAUGAUGACGACGAUCAGCAGAUGAUGCAAGAGCUUAUGCAAAAUCCAAUCUUCCAGUGUGACAUGGAGGAGUAUUUGGUCGAAUUUGUGAAGAGUUUCAGUCGAGAUGAACAUUUCCGUGUGUUUCUGGAGCAGCUGGAAGAUUCGGAAAAACUUAUCCUCAAUGGUUUCGGAAUCAACGUAGCUUGAAUGCAUGUUUUGAAUGCAAUGAGAAAUUAUCAAAAUGGAUUAAUAUUGCCCGACACAUAGUGUGGGCUCAUGUUAUUAUUAUCCUGUAUACUCCCUUACGUUAUGUUUUUAAAUCCAAAU